CACAGUACGAUGUGAGCGACUGUGGUUGCGACACAAAACGCUCGAUGGUAUCUUUGAGAUUUUAAUCAAAGGAUCUAGAGUGUGCUCUAUUCUUUUGUGGUGAUAACCGGCGCAGGCGUCGGUGUGAUGCGCCCCAAGCGGUAGCGUCAGCAUGCGGGCGCGCGCGCAGCCGGCCGCCGCCGUGCCGCUCACGGCGAUGCUGCUGCUGGCCUUACGAGCUGAUGGACAAGCGAUCCAGGACAGCCGUUGCUACCUGAUGAACGGGGGCGCUGUGGAGAGCUUCUUUGUGAGUGAGGACACGCCCGUCGGCAGCGUCAUAGGAACUUUAAGUGUGAACGGUGAUCCAGACGAAGCUCAGGGCGACAUAACCCUGCGGUUACAAGAGCGGGGUGCUGCAGUGGGCAUUGCGCCUGGAACCAAGAACCUGACGCUUUUGCGGACGUUAGACCGGGAGGAGAAGAGGGGGCCUUCGAAUGUCUACGUCAACGUGAGGUGUGACAGGAGACACACUUCUGAUCCUAGUUUCAUCAUCCCAGUAUCAGUUCGCGUGUGGGACGUGAACGACAAUGCACCGGUGUGGUCCGGAGCGCCGUACAGGGUCCGGUUGUCAGAGCUGACGGCCGUGGGGUCUCGGGUGCUGCCAGCCUUGCGAGCUACCGACGCAGACCAGCCCGGACCCCACGCCACGAUACACUACUCGGUUCUACCAGGAGAGAAUAGCGAAUACUUCGGCUUCGCCAACGAGCUGGACAGCGUGCUCGUGGUGAAGAAGCCGCUGGACUUCGAGACGCUGAACAACUUCACGAUCCGGCUCCGCGCGCAGGACCAGGGCACGCCUCCGCUCCACAACGACACGCAGCUACACGUGGAAGUGCUGGACGCUGAUGAUCAGAAUCCCAAGUUCACGCAUGAUCAUUAUACGGCGUUGCUGCCGGAAGAUGCAGUUGUGGGCACGCUUCUAGAAACGUCCCCUGGGCCGAUCUCAGCAUUCGACCAGGACGUGGGUAUCAACGCGCCGCUGUACUACUCCUCGUCGGGGGACAACCGGGACCUGCUGUCGGUGGACCGGGACUCUGGCCGCGUCGCUGUCACCAAGAUAUUGCUUGAACAGCAGCAUUUACCUGUUACUGUCGUUAUUAAGGCCACGCAAGUAGACAACGCUGACCGCUACGCACUAGCGACCUUGUCGGUGUCUCGACUCCGGCGCGCCACCAACCUCGCCGUGAGGUUCUCUCAACGAGCAUACCACGCCACCGUCCCUGAAGACGCCGCGCCUGGCUCUGUGCUUCUGAUGUUGAAUACAGAGCCGGAAGUACCCAGGAACGUUAGAGAGAACCCACUGCAAUUCUACGUGUCAGACCGGAGUUUCCUGGACAAGUUCGCGAUCAAUAGCGCGGGGGAAGUGCUGCUGCGGCGGCCGCUGGACUACGAGACCGCAGACUCUUACAACUACCAGGUCAUGGUAACGGAUGGAGUGGCUAACGACACAGCCUCAAUAAACAUCACGGUGACAAAUGUGAACGAAUGGGAGCCGCGGUUCCGCUACCCGCAGUACGAGUUCCGAGUGGAGGGGGGCGCCGACAGUGCUGCCGCCGGCUUGCUGCCCGUGGGCAAGCUGGACGUGUUCGACGGAGACUCGCCCGACACCGUGUCUCUGACGCUGAGAGGGGCUGAUGCCACCAUGUUCUACAUGAACGACGCUGGCGAGAUGUUCCUGAAAGCCGAGGCUCUGUCCGCUCUCAACUCGUCCACUCUGCACGUCGUCGCCACGGCGGUGGACUCUGGCACCCCUCCCAGACAGACGUCGGUGCCGGUGGUGGUGCACGUGAGCGCGCGGCUGGCGGCGGGCGGCGCGCGCGGCGUGCUGGGCGCCUUCGCGGCCGCGCUCGCCGCGCUGGCGCUGCUCGUAUGCGCGCUGCUCGCCUACAUCUACAGAGUCCGUCGCGCGAAGCAGUCAGUCAGCAGCGCGCAGACCAAAUCUGGCUUCGUGUCUCACGAGAAGCCGCGCUCCCCCGCGCCCGCGCCGCCCGCGCUCGCCGCCGCCAACUCCGGCUCGUUGCUCAGCGUCAGCGCCGGCGCUAGCACGAUACUGGCUAAUUCUACUAGCAGUCUGAACUUGCCUGCUGACACGCUGCCUACCACUGGGACUACAAGAAGUGCUCUCGGGCGCCAGUCGCAGCGGUUCCCGGGCAAGAGCAAGGUGGCCCCGCAGCCGCCCGCCGCGCUCAUGAGCGACCACCUGCACGCCGCGCCGGGCCGCUCCGGGGUGGCCUGGCCCAGCUCCACCAUACCGGCCAGAGUGAAGAAAUUAAGCUGGGACGAGAGAGAUGCCACAGAUCAAGAUGACUACGACAAUGAAAAGGGCAGCCCGCGCGCGCUCGACGCCACCAACCCCGCGCUGCACGACCACAUGAACCUCACCGUCUACUUCUGAGCCCCACACCCUCGAGGGAAACCAAAGCAAAGUCUCCAGACCAACACCCCGGCUGUAUCUCCUCUACCGUCGCUUACUCGCGACCAAAACCUCUACAAUCUGGACGAAAAUCUAUCAUUUUCUACCCAAGAGGAAACAAAAUAUCUUCGGCAAGCAGGUCGUUGCCAGAAAAGCGGAAGAAACUAGAAUCAGACGCAUCUUUACCAAAAAUGAAGCAGACGAUCGCGAUGUUUAACGAGAAUUUGAGACAUAAAUACGCUGUUCCGGUGAGUGUUCCUUAUGAGGGCCAAGUCACGUUCUGGAGGACUCCACCUCCGUACGCGACCAUAACCCCUCACAAGCUGAGGGCGGUUCAUGUUCGCCCCUCGGUGUAUAUGAGGCCAGAUCACAGGUUAUGAACUCUUGGGUUAGUUUAGACAAUUUAUUGCAAUUUACAUUCCUAUUAGAUUAAACUGUUUUGUACUUUUGUAUGGUGGUCUUCCUGUGUCAAUGUUAUUUAAAAUUUAUGGUCUAAAUUGUACAUAACGUUUCCUUGUCUAACUGAUCAUUGUAAUUGCUUAAAUAACGUCAGUCGACUGUUUAUAACGGAACAUAUUAUAAUGACUCAAAAUAUUUAAAAGAAUGUCCGAUAUACUCUGUUUUUCUUACAUCAUGCCCUAUUUUCAAAAGCAAUGUAAGUUUGAUAUUUUUACUGGACAAUGAUUUAAUGGUUGUGUAAAUUUGAUUUGAAAUGCGUGAAAAUUAAAUGUACGAUAAUGUCUUGCCGUCCAUUAAGUGUUAAGGAUUUAAAUUGUAAAUAGUUUUGUGAUUACAAGUUUCAGGCCAAUGACCAGUAUAUUUUAGAUCUAUAUCUUGUAAAUAGAUUUAUUGUUAUUGUACGGUAAACUUUCAUAAUAAUAUGAAAUACAUAAU